CCAUGUUCAUGCUCAAUACAACACAUUUAUCCUUCAGCCCACCUAGUGCUGUGCAUUUGAGCUGUUGCCAGAUGCCAGCUGCACAGCCAGUUGCCAAUGUGCCAAGCGGAAAACCAGGUUGACCGUGAAGUGCAGUUUUUGGAUACUUUAGGCUGUACAUGGAAGAUGCAGGUACUUGAUCUGCACUCCUAUCAUGCUCACUGUGUUGGGGCUGAGGUGACUAUGUGAUGUGUGUAACUCAUGGCGCAAUGCAGUUGUCAGGACGAUGAUUCAGACCUUUUCCAUGGUCUUUUGACCCCUCCCACGGCUCCAAAAUGAAUAUCCAAAUUCUAAUGGUUACAUUAGUUGAAGAUCAGGAUUGCCACAAGCUCUUUUCUCGUAGCAUCGAUUCUGAGUUUAGCUUCUUGCUUUCCCAUUUUGGCGUGUGGGUGAUCCGCACAGUCCGCAGUACCCACUGCGGACAUCGAGUUGGGUAGCCCACAGUGCCGUCGAUCUUUUCGGCUCAAAGAGAUCCGCCAUGGGCCGAAUACCUGCGCAGGAUCCAGGGGAGGUCGCCGCGGCCGCGGCAAAGGCGGCCACUGCAGAUGCCUUGGCUAAGGUGGCCACUGCCCAGGCGGAGAAGCAGGCCAGCGAGGCCGUCUUGCCGCUGGGCGAGAAGGGCGAGGCGGGCGGAGCGACCGAUGCGCUGGGCCAGUCAGCCCGGUUCUUCGUGCGGGGCUUGGGAUCCUUGGGAGAGCAUCACCUCAAGGACUACUUUGACAAGUUCGGCCAGGUCGUGGAGGCCAGCCUCGUUCGGGACAAAAAGACCCAACGACCUCGUGGCAUGGCCUUCGUAAGCCUGGCACCCAAAGCCCCAGAGGGGGGUGGUCCAACGCCCAGCCUGGACGAGCUCAUCGAGAGGGUAGCAGGCGCUGAUAGUCAUAGCAUCAAAGGGGUGGAAGUGGAAGUGCAGGAAGCCUUGCCCAAGCCCGCCGAGGAGAAGGUUGAGGAGACCGAGAAGUCUGAGCAGAAGCCUUCAGCAGGCGAUCUUCCUCCACCUCCACAGGCCGCAGAUGGCAGAUGGCCGGAGCGAACCGGAGCUUCUGUAGAUCGGUGUUCCAACGUGUUCGGCAUGUUUCGGCCAUUUCCGUGUGACGGAUCAAAGGAGUGAAACGGCAUGUCUUAGACUUGCAAGCCUUUUGCAUCCUUUGGCGACCCACCAGCGCAACUGGGCCUCGGUUUUGAUGAGGAACUUCCAGGCAUUUCGCCAGCCGUGCUGAGGGCGGUCGAAUCGUCAAUGUAAACAAAUCACUGAUCACCCAAUGUCAUACGGUUGUUUAUAUGAUUUUAUCAUAU